AUGAAUUUGGAAUAUUAAAAAAAGAAGCUAAAAAGUCUCAAAGAGGGAUAAAAAUACUAAAAGCAAGAGCCGAAACAUGGCAGAACAAAGAAACUUGUUAUUUUAGUAACUUUGAUAAACUUUUAAUAGAUUUUCCAAUAUUUUAUCAAUAUUAUUUAAACAGAGUGAAAGAGACCGACAAUAAUUUGUUGAUUGACAAAAUGACAGGAAACCGAAAGUGUCCACUCCUGUCAAUUUAUAUAAAUUAAUUCAAUAAUGGCCGAUGCCCUACAGUUUAUCUAAAUACGGAAUAUUUACUAAUUUUCGUACAAUCCAAUUCACUAUCCAAAUGUUUUAACGUGUGUGAGCUAAAUAGAGGAUUCGCGGAAUGUUUCCGCUAACACCGCCUGUCGUAAAGCGUUUGUUGGGAUGGAAAAAGGGCCCGGAAGGGUCUUCGGCCGAGGAUAAAUGGUCUGAAAAAGCUGUGAAAAGCCUCGUGAAGAAACUGAAGAAGAGCGGUGCUAUUGAGGAAUUGGAGAAGGCAUUGUCUAACCAGAGCAGUCAUACAAAGUGCGUUACUAUACCCAGAGUGAAGCCGAAUGACAACGUAAUAAAUGGACAGUACAGAAAGGGCUUGCCGCAUGUUGUGUACUGCAGGCUGUGGCGGUGGCCGCAGCUACAGAGUCAACAUGAACUAAAGCCAGUGGACCACUGUGAAUACGCAUAUCAGUUGAAAAAGGACGAAGUGUGCAUUAACCCUUAUCAUUAUAAUAAAAUAGACUCGCCUGCGUUGCCGCCUAUCCUAGUGCCGCGGUGCGCGGAGGGCGAGGUGCGCGCACCGCCGCCAUACGACUACCAGCAGCACCACGACCACGAUAGUAUAUAUGGUAGCGGCGUGAUGCAGAGCGUGGUGGGCGUUGUGGGCGCGGUGGGCGGCCACAGCGCGCUGUAUCUAGAAGCCACGCUGGCACAGCAAGUGCCCGGCAACACCACCGUACAGUUCAGAAGUUCGUCGUCAGUGGAGACCCCCCCGCCCGGCUACAUGAGCGAGGACGGUGACCCGAUGGACCACAACGACAACAUGAACCUGACCCGCCUGACUCCAUCCCCCGGUAACCUAGCAACGGAGGCAGCUCCAGUCCUGUACCACGAGCCCGCGUUCUGGUGCAGCAUCAGCUACUACGAGCUGAACACCCGCGUGGGGGAGACCUUCCACGCCUCACAACCCUCGAUCACUGUCGACGGCUUCACGGACCCUAGCAACAGUGAGAGGUUUUGCCUCGGUCUCCUGUCCAACGUGAACAGAAACGAGGUGGUGGAGCAAACACGCAGACAUAUCGGCAAAGGCGUCAGACUUUACUACAUUGGCGGUGAAGUGUUCGCGGAGUGCCUGAGCGAUUCCUCGAUAUUCGUUCAGAGUCCCAACUGCAACCAGCGGUAUGGCUGGCACCCCGCUACGGUGUGCAAAAUACCCCCCGGUUGCAACCUCAAAAUAUUCAACAACCAAGAAUUCGCAGCUCUGCUCUCCCAGUCAGUGUCCCAGGGCUUCGAGGCAGUUUUCCAGCUCACGCGAAUGUGCACCAUACGAAUGAGCUUCGUCAAAGGCUGGGGCGCUGAAUACAGGCGGCAGACAGUGACGUCGACGCCAUGUUGGAUCGAGCUGCACCUCAACGGUCCCCUACAGUGGCUGGACCGCGUGCUGACGCAGAUGGGCUCCCCCCCACUGCCCUGCUCCUCCAUGUCCUAACUGCACCAGGUAUAACUAGUAACCACAGAGUCUAUCAGUGUAAGAGAACAUAAGCACAGAAGUAUAAAGAGUAGUUUUGAUAUACAUAAGCGUAGCUCAACAAAUUGAUAUACCUCGAUAGUACACCAUUUCAUGUACAAUACUAUAUGUAUGUAUGUGUACAGAACGCGUCACUAAUGUUGAAAAAAAAAAUCAUUAGGUGUCAUGGAACACCCUUAAGAAGCGUAUCUUUAAAAAACUAUUUAUAUAUUAAUAUUUGAAAACUGGGUGUGGAAUUUCCAAAAAUCUUCAAACUCAUAUUUUUCAUUUUUGACUGAAACCCCAAAUACCAAAGCGGGUUCCAUCUUAGGCUGCAUUAUCACUUGUCAGAAUGAAUGAUUCCAGCCAAGCGCUAGUCAAUAAAUUUAAAAAAAAAAAAAACAAUUUUUGUUGACAGGUUGAAAAAUGACGAACUUUCAUACAAAAUUUCAUCCCCCAUUUAACCUUAGGCCUCAUUUACACGAGAGUUUUUUUAACGUCCGUUAAAAAAGCGUGCAAAUAGAACAAAUGUAUUCCCAAGUAUCUGUUCACACGUAAAAAAGCGUUGACGUGUGAACUAAUACUUGGAACUACAUUUGUCCUAUUUGGAAGCUUUUUUGAGAGACUUUGUAAAGGCUCUCGUGUAAAUGAGGCCUAAAGUUUUUAAAUUAAUUCAAUUUUGCCCGUUCUACUAAAUUAUUAUUAAUUUAAGCUCGGGUAUUGCAGUUUCAACAUUCGUGACGCGAGCUGUAGCGCGGUUGGAGAAUACAAUCCAAAAUGGCCGCUGUUGUUUAUGACUAAACUUUUGCUCCAAUAAAAAAAAAUUGGAAGUCAAUGGUGACUACUUAAAUGAGUGAAAACUUAAACAUACUUGACACUUUCAUUAAAAAUUGAUCCUUAAUAGGUUGUGUUAAGGAACAAAUUUCGAAAGCUAAUAAAAUUAGUAUGUCACUGACGCUUUAAGAUUUGCCCAUCCCAAAAUCUCUAAGCGAUUUCACUAAAGAAAUAUUAUUAUUCAAAAUUUUAUUUUGGGCAUACCUAGUCUAGAUUCAAAAACAUAAAAAAUAUGAACUAAUAAAAAUUGAGUUGAAUUGAGAACCUCCUCCUAUAUGGAAGUUUAAAAAGUUAAAAAUGACUGUGAUAUAUAGACGGACGGAUGAAAAGGAUUGGACGGAACUAUAAGAGUUCGUUAUUUUACUAGGGAACCCUAAAAAAUUAAAACCUUUAAGACAAGCUAUGUUAUCGACAGUUGCCAUUUUCAAUUCUACCCUCCAACCGCGCGAAUAUCUUCGAUUAUUAUGUAAACGAUCUUAUUUGUAAGGAGCUAAAGUGUAUUUUUCAUUAACACUUGUAUAUUAUAUAAGUUUUUCUUUUGAAGCUUGCAAUAAACAAUCCAUUUUUCUUUAGCUGAUUUAAAAGGUGAGUAAAUACCAGAAACGCUUAAGCGACCUGCUGUGCCUGGCGCUUUAGACUUACUCAAGCUUGGUUCUUCAUUUGUAUUAGUUUGAACUCUGUUUGUCACGUGACCCGAAAAUAUACUUACGGCCGCACUCGUUUGACUCUUAUUUCUCAUGAGAAAGAGAGAGACAAAAGAUAAGAGUUUACGCGAUAGAAAGAGAAGCAUUUGUUUAUGUAUAGGCCGAGCUGAAUUACGCUUUAUUGCGUUGUAACAAGAGUCACUAUUUAUCCAAACGUCUUUGCGGAGUGAGCCUUUUGUAGAGGAUUCAUUGUUAGUUCACGGUAAAAAUGUCCUAAGCGCCGUGCAUUGCGUGUCGCUUACGCGUUUUUGCGUAAACUGAUUUCUUUACCUUUUAGUCAGCUAAGAAAAAAUAGUUCACAUUAUUAUGUAUUACGUUAAUUAAGGGUUCUAUUCGUAUUCAACGUAAAACGUGUUUUAUUUGUUACACUUGGACAUUUAGGGUGCCUAUUCACUGAAGCGAAGUGGAGCGGAGAUUUAUUAAGCAAACCAA